AUGAAUGUAUCGUUUUGUUUGCAGAAAAAUAGAGAAAAUGGCCGGAAGACAAAAGUCGGAAGCAAGAAGCCGAAAUUUCGAAAAACUCUGGAAGAAGCAUUGCUUCUGUACUUUCAAAAGGUAAGAAGCGUCCAGAAAAUCCGAAUUUUUAAUCUAAUUUUUACAGGGUACCAGAAAAUCUCAAUUUUCCAGUAUGUCGACUGGGCACUCCAGAAAAAUGCAACUGAGAAUGAGGAAGGAAAAAGUUCUGGAACAGUGGGUAAAUUUGAAAACGAAUGUCAGAGAAAAAGUCGAUUUCAGACGGAAGUGUUAAGUUCGCGGAUUUCGAAAAAAAUUCCAGUCGAUAACUUGUGUCAGAGGCAUACUUGUAAAAUUCCGAGCCGGCCCGCCAAAGCCCGGGCCCGGGCCGGGCCUGAGGAAAUUUUCAAGGCCCGGGCCCGGCCCGGAAGGCCCGGUGUCAAAAAUUCUGUAUUCUUGAGCCAAAUUUUGAGCUCUCAAUAUAAUUUUUUUCAUUUUUUUUCGUAUUUCGGAUUGUUUGUCUGUCUGAUCAAAAAAGAUCGAAAAAACUCGAAAAAAAAUUUUUUGGUCGAAAAAAAUCACAUAAGGUUCCCCCUUAUGUGUUUUUUGAAAAUUUCGAAACUAGUGAAAUGA